AUGCUCUGUCUGGCUCCCUGCCUGAUCGCGGUCCUCCUCCCGUCCCCUGCCGCCGAGUCUGCCCUCGCCCAGAGCUCGCUCGUCUAUGCGCUCCACAAGCCACGCGGCGUCCUCUCUGCCGUGGGCGAGUCGCGGGCCAGGACGCUCACGGAUCUGAUGGUUGGCGCGGGAGUCGUGCCGCUCGCUGGCCACGCCGGCCGGCUCGACAAGGAGACCUCGGGGCUCAUGCUGAUCACAAACCACUCCACUCUGCUGCGUGCAGUGAUUGGCCAGGCGCCGGUGCUGGCCGAGUUUGGGGGAUCGCCAGUACCCAAGCGGUACACGCUCCUCCUGGCGGGCGCACACGCGCCAGAGAGGCUGGCCAGCCUGAGCGAGCCGAUCGAGAUCACGCGCGGCGGCCUCAAGCCGUGCGACGGCGCGACCGUGCUGACGGCGACCGCGUUUCGAGACGAGCGGCUGGCGACCGAGUUUCACCUGCUCGGCAGAGAUGACACGCGGCGG